AUGGCUGCUUGGCCUGUUCAAAACCAAAGUUGGAGGAAAGGUCCUUGGACUCCUGAAGAAGACAAACUUCUUGUUGAGUAUGUUAGCUUGCAUGGUGAAGGAAGAUGGAGUUCAGUUGCGCGUUGCACAGGAUUAAAUAGGAAUGGCAAGAGUUGUAGGCUAAGGUGGGUGAAUUAUCUAAGGCCGGGAUUGAAAAGAGGGCAAAUAACAUCUCAAGAAGAAGGCAUUAUCAUCGAAUUACAUUCCAUUUGGGGUAACAAAUGGUCGAAAAUUGCAAGAUACGUAUCAGGAAGAACUGAUAAUGAAAUCAAAAACUAUUGGAAAACCCAUUUCAAGAAGAAGGAAAGAUCUCGAAAAGUAUCCGAAAAAAUAUCAAAACCCCAAAUCCUAAAGCCAAAACCACCAAAACAACAACCCAACCAAAUUGUACCAUCGCAAGAUCAAACUCCCAACAUUAAGCAAAAACCUAUAUUCAUGAAUCCAAACACAACCAUAGAGGAGCAAAACUUGAUGAUGAUGAUCAUGACGCCGACUAUGAUCGAUGCCACGUGUCACGAUCAGGAUGGUUCAUGGUGGGGAAGUCUAUGGAAUUUCAGUGAUCUAAUGCAACAAGAUUAUAACAAUAAUAACCAAUAUUGUAGCAAAAUGGCAUUAUCACUUCAAAACCAAGCUAAUAGUACUAUUAUUAAUAAUAAUAUAAUAAGCCCUAAUAACAAUAAUUAUGGAUACUCUUGGGAAGGAGAUUUUAAUAAUAUUUAUUAUGAAGGUUGCAUAUUUUAG